UCGAAAAUUCAUAAUCACAAAAACAAAAUUAACAGCAACAAAAGAUCUAAAAAUGCGGCAAAAAAUAGAAAACCUCUGGAUGCGAUGAGACCUCAUAGAGCGUAAAUAAAAAAAGGAAAAGCAAAAACCUCAUUAUUUAAAUUGUAAAAUGAUUAGAAGGCAACUAAAAUCAUCAACAAACAUUUACAGCAACACCAACAACAACAAACAUAAUGAUCGUACAUACAGAUAUAUUCAUAUACAUGGACAGUUAAUUUAUUCUACAUAAAUUUAUAAAGUUCAUUAAAAAUAAGUAAAACCUAUAUCAGAGCAAAACAAAAAGAUAUUAAAAUGUCACGGUUACCUGAAAACGAUAACAUUCGUAAUGAUAUUUACGAGAAUUUACCAUGUCAGGCAAUGUAUAAUCAAUCAGUUCAUAAAAUUAAACAACAAUCCAUAACCAUUACUCAAGCAAAUUUACAAACACAAAAUGCGGCAACAGUUCCAACACCAUUAUCAAUUGUUGCCAAUAAUGAUCUAAAUAGUUCGUUAUUGUUAAAUAAUAGUAAUAAUCAACAACAACCAAGUUUAAAUAAUUCUGCAUCUGCUAUUGUUGCUUCCUCCAACAACACUGUUGCUAUAAAUUCAAAUAACGCAAAGAAAAUAAAUUUAUCAAAGGAGUUAUUAUAUGCAACACCACUUCGUAAAUCAGAUCGUUUUAAAAGCAAUAAUGAUUCAACAUCACGUAGCAAUAAUAGUAAUAAUAGUAACAGUAAUAAUAGUAAUAUAAAUAAUAGUAUUAGUAAUAAUAGUAAUAAUCGUUUCAUUACUAAUAAUCAUAAUUAUCAGCAACAACAUCAUAAUCAGCAACAACAACAGUAUCAUAACCAACAGCAAUUAAAUCGUAUUAAUAAUGAUGAUAUAAAUAACAUUAAAAGACAAAAUAAUGAUAAAUUAACUAAUACUGAAUAUAAAUUGAUAAAUAAAGAAAAUAAUUCAUUUAUAACAAAAAAUAGUUGUACAACUAAUAAUAUUAGUAAUAGUAAUAACGGAAGAAUUUCACCAUCAUUAAUUGCAGCAGCUUCUGGUAAAACAAAUAACGAUAUUGCCACAAAUAGUUUUGAGGAACGUCGUAUUUUAAGUUUUCUUAAAGACACAACACAAUGUCAAAAAAAACUUGAUAUGAUAUCAAGUGGUAAAGAUUGCCCUAAUUCAAGUUUUUCAUGUUUAGCACGCGAAGAACAUUUCGCAAAUUUAGUACAACAAAAUUUUCAUCAAAUAGAUACAAAUGCAAUAACGACAGAUUCACAAAAAUUUAAUAGUAUCACAACACAAUCAAAGGAUAUAUCAACAACUGUAUUAUCAAUAGCUGAUGAAACAGCAAAACUUAUCGAUGAAUCUGUUAAAAAUUUUCAUUCUCAAUCACAAAAACAACAAAAUAUUUUACAAACAGAUCACCUUAAUUCAUUUGGUGUAACACAAGAUUCAACAGAUAAUAUAGAAAUACUAAUGGAUAAAAAAUUAUCACCAGAUAAAGAAGUAAAUGGUUUUAUUGUGUCAUCAACACCAUCUACAGCAAGUAACAAUGCAACGAUAGUAGUUGCUGCAUCAGCUAAUCCAUUACCCAUACGUCAUUCCAGUAAUGUUUACAUUAACCGUGAAUGGGUACUAAAAAAAAUUGCUUUGUGUUUAGAACAAAGAACAACUGGUAAAAAAUCUAAUACAUCAGCAAAAUUAGAAUUGUCUGUAAAAGAAUCUUCUGUAUCUGCAAGCUCAUUCUUACCAAGGCCGCCAACUGGUAAUUCAAGUGGCAUAAGCUCAGCUGGUAUUGGUGGUUCAACGUCAACUUAUCAUGGUUGUUUAGUAUUAGGGUCUAAUGGAUCUGGUAAAACUGCUAUAUGUCAAGCAAUAAUGAAUGGUAAUUCUGGUACAAAAGGAAUAUUAAAUCGUAAAUUGCUUGCAUGUUAUUUAAUCAAUUCACAAAAUCCAGAUUGCCAUAGUUUAAGCCUAUUCAUUAGAAGUAUUGUAUUACAAAUUUUAAGUCACUCCAGUGUGAUCUCAAAAGAUGAUAUCGGAAAAGUAUUUGAUGAAACAUUUGGCCAAACAGGAGAAAAUAUUAGUAAUAGUUUUAACGAAGAUUUAAAUAUACAAACUCAACAUGCACAAACUAAAAAUAAAAAUGGAAAUGAUAAUAAUUUGAAUCGUUCUCAACAGAAUAAUAGCAAUUUAGAAGAAGAGCUUUUAAUAGCUGAACUUAAAUUAAGUGGUGAACUAGAUGAAUUUGCUGCUACAAAACCCUCGAGCGAAAAAAAUAAAGAAAGUAAAGAUGAUGUUAAUUCUAGGAAAGUUGUUCAAAGACAAAAAUCAGCACCAUCACCAGAAAAAAUCAGUGUUGAUGGGGAAGAAUGUGAAAAUGCGGAAUGUGUAACUAAAAAUAGUUAUGGGACACAUCCACCCAAGGCCAAUAAAAUAAAUAAAGGAGAAAAAAUUAAGGAAUCUGACCGUGAGAAACAAAUUCAAGAUCAAGAUAAGAGUGUGUCUAAUUUGAAAGAAUUUGGUAAAGCAGAAGAUGGUAAAGGCUCAAACAAAUCAAGUCCUAAUAAAAAAUCAAAAAUUCCUAUUUCAAUAUCAGGGCGGUCAAAUAGCAGUAUUACAAUGACAUCUGUUAAUAGUAAUGGUCAAGCAAAUCCCACUAAAUCCGCUAAUAAUACAACAAUUCAGCAAGGCGGAGGAGAAGAUAUAGCAGAUGUUUUAGGGGAUGAAUUAAAAAAUGAAAUUGAAGCAGAAAUAAAUGAUGACAGCGCAGCUGAAGCUAAUAAAGAUCUUAGUAAAACAGCUGAAUCACCUACAGAAUCUGCAAGUAAAGACAUUAUAGAAACAGAAAAACUACAUCAAAUCAAUAAUGAUGAUUAUAGUACUGAAUUAGAAAAAAAUUCAGAGACUAAUUCUCAAACUGAAUCAGAAAGGUAUCAACCAAAAGAGAGUCCAAAAGAAUCCUUAGCUCCACUUGCUUCACUUUUGUGUUCUGGGGGAGCUCAAAUAAAAUCCGCAACUGGUACAAUAAUACCACCACCACUACCAAAACCUAAAAGUUGUCGUACUGUUAUUGCAGAUAGCUACUAUGAAAUGUUAAUUAGUAAUCCCGAAAUUUUUGAGUGUCUAAAUGUUGACAACAUUGAAAAAAAUCCCGAUGAAUGUUUUAAAAAAGCUUUGCUGUUUCCAUUAUUGGAACUGACUCCGCCGCGUACAGCUUUGCUAAUGCUAAUCGAUUCAAUUGAUGAGAACUACAUUAAUGAGGGAAAUUUAAUAUCGACUCUCAAAGGUCGUACUAUGACACAAAAAUCAAGAAACAUUGCUGAAUUGUUGUCGAAUCAUAUACAUUUGUUUCCAAAGUGGCUUUUCUUAGUUUGUACAACUAAAAAACAAACAAAGCAUAUAACAAAAAUGUUUACAGGUUUUAAAAAAAUUACGUUGGACGAUCUACGAAAAUCGCACGUCGUAAAAGAUGUUCAAGAAUACAUUAUUAAUCGCUUGAAUUCGGAUUUCAAAGGAACUAUAAAUUUGACUAAGGAAAUCAUCGAAAGUUUACAUCAGUUGUAUAUAAAAUCAAAUGGAUGCAUUCUUUAUUUAGAAAAAGUACUUAAUGGGAUCAAAGAUAAUUUUUUUUCAUUUCGAGAAAUUAAAUUAAUACCAUGUACUUUGAAUGGAUUAUAUCUGUAUAUAUGUCAAAAAUCAUUUAACAAGAAACAAUAUUCAAAGGUUCGGCCAAUAUUAAAUAUUUUACUGGCUUCUACUGGAUUCGUUGACCGCUUAUUCUUGUUUAAUUGUUUACGGGCUCAAAAUUAUACAAUCGAUUUUGGCGAAUUUGAAAAGCGUUUAGAAUUAAUGAAAAACAUUUUAAUACACGAUGGUCUGAAAAAUUCAAAAAUAAAAUUAUUUCAUAACUCUUUUGCUGAUUGGUUAGUUGAUGUAAAGUUUGCUACAAAAAAAUUUAUUUGCAAUGUUAAUGAAGGCCAUGUUCUUAUUUCGAUGUAUUAUAUGUUAGUAAGUGACAUUUUAUGCGCAAAUAGCGUUCGAAGAUUUUGUUAUCAUCUUAUAAAGUCUGGAGAUUAUCUAACAAGUAAAAAUAUUAAUAUGGAUCUAAUAUUAAUGCUUUUGGAAUCUCGAAUUAAUUUAAGUGAUUGCUUUUAUACCAACGCAUUGAAUUGCUGCUCUAUCUGUGAAAACGAAUACCGCAAUGACCCGAAUUUUUUGCCAAAAACAAAAGAAAUGAUAAGAAAAUUUUUAAAUAAUGAAUUAAAUAACGAUUUUUCUGUAUUUUUGUGUGAUUUCUUUAAACCAAGUUUACCCACAGACCCCAAAACCUUGAAAUUAUUAAUUGAAACAGGAAUAAAUAAUGCAGAAUCUCAGGCUUCUUGCGAUUCGUCUCUAAUUUCACCGGAACUAUCCGAAAAAUCAACGAAUAUCGACUUUGAACUUGCUGAUUUAUUACUUUCUAGCGAAAAGGCUUGUUUAGAGGAAAUCCAAAGACCAAAAAGUUCUUCUGAUAAAUCAGAUCAACGUAAUGCUGAGAGUCAGGAUGAUAACACAAGCACAUUACAUCAAUUGUCUGAUUCACACCGCAUUGAAAUGCAUAAGGGCAAGGCACUAAUUCACAUAUUAGCUAAUGACGGUAAUGCCCAUUUACUAGAAAGAGCGUUAAAGGCAUGUAAAGGACCUAUUGAUUUAGAAAUUGAAGAUUACAACGGGCAAACUGCUUUAAAUAUUGCUGCCAGAAAUGGUCAUUUAGACGUCGUAAAACUAUUGCUACAUUUUACUCAACCUCUAAACGAUGGAACUGGUCGUAUGAAACGAGUUGAUGUUAAUCAUGCUGAUCGUGAUGGUUGGACACCUCUACGUUCCGCGUCUUGGGGUGGUCAUACUGAAGUUGUUAAAUUAUUAAUAGCUCAUCCAGGGUGUUCAAUUGAUUUGGCUGAUAAAGAAGGUAGAACUGCUUUACGAGCUGCCGCCUGGUCUGGCCAUGAAGAUAUUUUGAAAAUACUAAUAGAAGCUGGGGCUGAUGUCAACUCAGUCGAUCGACAAGGAAGAACUUCUUUAAUUGCCGCCUCUUACAUGGGACAUUAUGACAUUGUUGAAAUUCUCUUAGAAAGUGGAGCAAAUGUUAAUCAUUUAGAUUUAGAUGGUCGAAGUGCGUUAUGUGUUGCAGCCUUAUGCGGGUCAUCGGGAUAUAGUAAAGUUAUUUCAACACUUUUAGAACAUGGUGCACACACCGAUCAAUUAGACAAUGAUGGAAUGUCUCCUUUACUGGUUAGUUCUUUCGAAGGAAACUCAGAAGUAUGUGAAUUGUUGUUAGAAAACGGCGCGGACCCUGAUUUAGCUGAUUUUAUGGGCCGAACACCUUUAUGGGCUGCUUGUACAGCUGGGCAUGCUAAUGUUGUAAAGCUUUUAUUAUUUUGGGGAUGUGGUAUUGAUUGCAUGGAUGCUGAAGGACGAACUGUUUUAAGUAUAGCGGCUGCUCAAGGUAAUGUUGAAACAGUACGUCAGCUUUUAGAUCGCGGUUUAGAUGAGACUCAUCGUGAUAAUGCGGGUUGGACUCCAUUGCACUAUGCUGCUUUUGAAGGGUUUCACGAAGUAUGCGUACAAAUAUUGGAAUCUGGUGCCAAAAUUGACGAAUGCGAUAACGAAGGUAAAACUGCCUUACAUUUAGCUGCACAGGAAGGAAGGCAGAAAUGUAUUCAAGCGCUGCUAGAAAUUCAUGAUACAUUUAUGGAUCAGAAAGCCCAUGAUGGAAAAACCGCUUUUCGCUUAGCGUGUCUAGAAGGGCAUGUUGACUGUAUACAAACUCUUUUGAAAUUUGGCUGUGAUGUUAAUUCAAAAGAUGCAGACUCAAGAACUACCUUAUAUAUUUUGGCUUUAGAAAAUAAAUUAGAUGUGGUCAAGUAUCUACUGGAUGUAACAGAAGUUGAUGUUAAUAUACCAGAUAGUGAAGGUCGAACCGCCUUGCAUGUUGCUGCUUGGCAAGGGCACGCCGAAAUGGUUAAACUUCUUAUAACGUUAGGUAAUGCAAAUGUGAACGCUAUGGAUUUAGAAUGUCGUACACCUUUACAUUCUUGUGCUUGGCAAGGGAAUCACGAUGUCAUGACUAUUCUAUUAUACUUUGGGGCCAUUCCCGAUCACGCUUGCAAGCAAGGAGCUACAGCACUAGGCAUAUCGGCGCAAGAGGGUCAUGAUAAAUGUGUUGCUAUUCUUCUGAAGUACGGAGCUAAUCCAUAUAAAUCAGAUCAUUGCGGUAGAACACCAAUUAAGCUCGCAGCGAAAUCAAAUAGAAAUAAUAUUUUAAAGAUUUUUGAAACUUUCGCUAAAAAUGAAACAAAUAUUGAACAUCAAAAAAUUCAUCCAAAUAUGUUAAGAUCGCCGGAUCAACCGCAAGCGCCACCAUUUCUGACAAAUCAAAUGGCGCAUAUGCUCCCAAAUAAUAACAAUGCUCCACCAACAAAUGUUUUGAACGCAUCUAACUCUACGCAUAGCAGUAAUUUUUAUGAAAAUACAAUGCAAUCAGAUAAUAGCAGUUUACAAAAACGUAAAAGUGUAAUAUCUAGUCAAUCAACUGGUAGCAGUAAUGAUGCUCCCCUGUCAUUUACGCAACAACUUCAACGACACACAAAAAUGAAUUCCAGGAAUAAUCCAUUUAUCCAAAAUACCCCCAUUGUCAAUACCAAAUAUCCUAAAGGACAACAGCGGCAUUCACAAAUGCUUGCAGAUUUAAAUGAGUAUCAAAUGAAUAUAGCGCCAAAUGUGCAAUCAAAUGAUGCUGAUAUGUUUGAUAUGGAGUGUAUGUCGCCAUUAUAUGCAACACCACCGCAUUCUCCAAGUAGUGAUUUAAGUUCUCCAGGACAAUUGCCACAAAAUCAUGUAUUUGAAGAAAUUGGCGGAAAUCAUAUUGGGUUAGGUAAUGGAUUAGCUGCAACACAUAACAUCGGCUCAUCGCAGAAAAAUGCAUCUUCAACUGACAAUCAUUUUGCCAGGGACACUCAUAUGAGAAUUAUAUUGGGAAAUUGCAAAGACUCAAAUAAUUCAGCUAAUAAAUCCAAAAGAAGUGGAAUAGCAACAAAUCCUGCUAUGCGUCUUAUACGAAGCCGUUUUGAUUCUGCAGCAAAUUUAAUUAGAAGAACAAACAAUAUGCUUUCAAGUAAUAAUCAAGGCUCGUCAAGUAUUGGUGUUAAAUCUGGAACAUUUCAGUGGCGAAAAGAAAGUCAAAUGUAAAAAAAACAUAUUUAUGGGAAAUAUAAUAAGUAAAUCUAUAAGAAAUAAUAAUUUAUUUUUUAGUUUGAUAUAAUAUUAUAAUAGUGUUAUGACCAAAAAAAAGUUAAAUCUCGAAUAAAAGCUCUUUAUUCAUUAUAUAUUUAUAUAUGUAUAUAUAUAAAUGUAUAUCACAUAUAUAUAUAUACAUAUAUAUUCAUGACUAAUAACUAACAUAUUAAUUUAAUUAUUUUAAAUUAUUUAAAAUAAUCUUGAAAAAAUAUUUAAUUCGUAGAACAAUAAAAAUGUAACGAAAUCGACAACAUUAUGUAAUGUACUGAAUAUAUGAAAAAAAAAAACAAAGAAAAUUAAACAGAAAAAUUUAAAAAAAAUAUAUAGCACUAUAUUAUACCUAAUAUUGUAAUAAUAUUUAUACUUUUUGAACUCAAUAAUUUAUUUAACUAAACGUAUUAGUAUUAAAAGGCCUAUAGAACUUAAUUUUUUUAGGUUAAAUUUAUUUAAUAAGAAUAAAAGCUGUUUAAAUUAAAUUAGUUAAAAUAUUUAAGAAAAACAAAAUAAAAAAGCGAAAAGACCAAAAUCCAAUGGCUUUUCAUUAAAAAUUCAUUAAAAUUAUUUAUUUAUAUUUUCGUUUUUUGUUUUACGAUAAAUAUAAUAUUCUCAUUUUUUAAGUUAAGUUUGUGAUGUUAUAAAAACGAAAUAAUCUUGCGACAGGCCUAUAUUUAAUAAUAUAAUGUAUUCAAAAUAAUCAAAAGCAUAUUUGUGCAUAUACAUAUAUAUGUAUAAUUAGUUUAUGUGUAUAUAUAUAUAUAUAUAUAUAUAUGUAUUCAUAAAAUCCAAAAUAAGCAAAUUUAUAUUUUAUUAUUGCACUUAUGAAAAUAGAACAUAUUUAGAGAAGAAAGAAACAUAAGGAUCACGUUAAACCAAUAGUGUUAACAACUAUUAUAAAUAAACUAAAUAAGUUAACUAAAUACGUAAAAAAGCAGUUACUUAAUAAAUAAAAUUUAAAAGAAAAUAAGAAACCAAUAAAAAAUUUUAAAAUGAACACAUAUAGUAAAUAAAAUAUAAUUUAUAUUUUAACUUAUAUUUAAAUAUAAAUUUAGCAAAUGAUAAAUAUUUAUUAGAUUGCUUUUGCCCUAUGGAAAUUAUUAACACAGUUUUUACAUCCUUGAAAAAUUUUUGUGAUUGUUUUCCAAUAAAAUGCAUGUUGAAUUGAAUUAAAGUUAUGAUCAAAUGUUUAAUUGUUUGUUCUUAUUUUUUAUAUGCAAGUCCUUACAAUUCUAAAAUUGUAACAAUUUGAAGAUUAAAGUAAUCAAUCACAUCCAUAUUUUCUACUAAGAAUAAAGAGUAACAGAAAGAAGCCUUAGCUAAAAAAAGUACAGCAUUUUUCUAAGCAUAUUGGAACAUCGAACAUUACUGUCAUAUUCAAACGAAUUCAAUGCAAACGAAUUUUAAUGUUUUUUGGGUAAAUAUACGUAAAAAAAGAAAUGUUUUAAAUGCUUAUUUCUCUAUAAACAACUUAGAAAUCGCAAUGUUUGAUUUUCACUGUUGUACCAAACGGGCAAUAUGUUCUUUUGACACUAAAUUUUUAAACUAAUAUUUGUUUUAUAAAAUAAGGGUAUCUAUUUUUUUCAUAAAAAUUAUGUUAAAUGUUUAUUCAUGUUACUCUUUAUUAUUAGGUUUUCAAUUAGAUUAAAGUUUUUGAAAAUUUCUGAAAUACAUACCAAAAAAAAAAUUUGCUACAAUUUUAAAUGACUCUAUAAAAAUUAGUAAUUAAAGUAUCUAUUUUCAAAUCCAACUCAAUCAUACUAAUAAUACAACAAUUUGGUUUUAAGUUAAAAUAUUAAGAACAUUUUCGAGUUGUGUAAUACAAAUAUAAUUUUUUUUGUAUUGAAAUAUCCCGUGACUUCAAUAAUGCUUUAAAAAAGAUUUAAAUACGGUAUUAAUACGGUUGUAGUACCAUUUCAGAGCUUUCAAUACCUUUACAUUGCAAAAAAAAACUACUAAAGGUUUUCGUACAUUUUGGAAUACAAUUUUAACCAUAUCAGUACAACUUUGACGUUUAUUUGAAAAUUUCAAUUAAAAGUUCUGUUCAAAUGUUAAUUUUUAUAAAACAUUUUAUGCAUUUUAAAAGAAAAAAAUUUAUAAUUAGAACUUCAUUUCUGAAAAUAUAUGCUAGUUUAUUUUAUCGGUUAUGUCUGGCAACAUUUAUGUUUUUCAUACCCGAUUUACUUUUAUUUUACGUCUCCACUACGUAUAAAACGCAUUUAGGAAAAGUGUACAAUGUCAAGAGCUUUUACUAAACUUUUUGGAACUUGAUACUUUGUAAAAUCGUGAGCGCAUUAUUGAAGUCACGAAUUAUUUUUUUCAAAACUUUUAAUCACUACCAAUAAUUUUAUUGCAUAAUGUCUAUUUAAUUGCACCAAGUUAUUCUUUAAAAUCUCAAAAAAAAAGGAUAAAUUUUUAUUAAAGAAAUAUAUAUGUAUAAACAUAUGUAUACACAUGUAGCUUGAAUAUAUGUAUGUAGUUAUUUAAUAGAUUUAGGAAAAAUAAAAAUACAUUUAUUAUUAAAAAGUAAAAUUUCUUGACAGAAAAUUUGAGAAGAAAUCAAAAAAAUUAAUAAACUUAUAAUGAGAAAAUGUAUUGGAUUGAAUUAAAUUAAAAAAAAAAGUUUUAAAAAAAAAUGUAAUGGCCUCAAAAAUUAAUUAAAUGCACAUACAUAAAUGUAUGUACGUAUAAGAGGAAUAAAAUAAAAGUAUUAAUAAUUCUGAUCUGAAUUUUAUUGCCACCGGAAAUAUUACCAAACACUUUUUAAAAUCUUUAAGCAUUAAAUCUUUUAUUUAAUUUUAAAAUCAAAACUAAACUCAUACAAAACUUAACUUUAAAAUUUAUUCUUUUGAAUAUGAUUCACUGUAGAUUGAAUUUUAUAAAACAAGAAUUAAGUUUUUUUUAAAUCUAGUAAACUUGUAAGGUAGUAACUAAGUUUACGAAACAAUUUAAUAAUUUAACAAAAUAUUUGUAAUAAAACAAGAACAAAGUGCACAAAAAAGUUGGAAAACCUUUUAAAUUUAGUUAGUUUAAAAAGUUAUGUAUAGGUAAAUAUGUACAUAUGCUUAUAACUUUUACUGCCGAUGUUAAUUCAAUUCUUACUGACUUUUUUAAGUUUAAAACUUAAAGUAAUUAAGUUAAUACGUUAAAUGGCUUCUUGUAGAAUAAACAUCAAUACUUCACAUCAAGAUCAUCUGCCAAUUUAAUAUGAAAAUUACUUUUGAUUGCAUAAAUUUAAAAUAUAAAAAAAAAAUAUUUUGCUAAUUAAAAAAAUUUAUUGCAGUAAUAAAAUACAAUUUUGAAUUUUGGUAAAAUAACAAUAACUUAUUUUAUAUGAAACUUUUUAUUU